CAGGACGGAUCACAAGUUUCCAAGACAAGAGCUUCCAAACUUGUCAUGUCUGUGUGACACGAGCCGCGUACGACCCAGGGGAUAAAACGGCCACUUAGCCCGCACGAGAGCCAGAGCCCGUUGGGGUUGGAGGCUCAAGCGAAGCCAUGGAUUCCAUAGCGCUCCAGCUCUGGGCUGUCCUCUCCCUCCUGGUUCACCUGGCUGCCUGCAGUCCCAUCCUGAGCCUGGAGCACUCCUCCCUGGAGGAAGACGCGCCUCUUUUCGACGAGAUCCUCUCCGAGCAGGAUGGGGUUGAUUUCAACACGCUGCUCCAGAAUAUGAAGAACGAGUUCUUGAAGACCUUGAACCUCUCUGACAUUCCCCUGCACGAGUCGGCCAAGGUGGACCCGCCAGAGUACAUGCUAGAGCUGUACAACAGGUUUGCCACCGACAGGACAUCGAUGCCUUCCGCAAACAUCAUCAGGAGCUUCAAAAAUGAAGACUUGGAUUCCCACCCUACUGGUGUCACCGGGACCCGGAAAUACCCUCUCCUCUUCAACGUCUCCAUCCCUCACCACGAGGAGAUCACCAUGGCCGAGCUGAGGCUCUACACCCUGGUGGAGCGGGACCAGAUGCUCUACGAGGGGCUGGACAGGAAGGUCACCAUUUUUGAGGUGCUGGAGAACGUCCCCGGCGGGGCAGGGGAAGAGCCGAAGCUGAUGGCCCUGGCAUCCCGGCACGUCUACGGCACCAGCAGCGAGUGGGAGAGCUUUGAGGUCACCGAGGCCAUCCGGCGCUGGAGGAGGGCCGGGCUGACCACGCACCGGCUGGAAGUUCACAUCGAGAGCAGGGAAGGGGAGGAGCGGGACGGGGAGGGGAAGCUCGACAUCGACAUCAACUCCGAGGCCAAGCACGUGCCCCUGCUGGUCGUGUACUCCGACGACCAGAGCAACGACAAGAAGGAGGAGAAGGAAGAGCUGAACGAGAUGAUAGACCACGAGCAGCUCGUGGACCUGGAGCAGCUGGAGGUCGGGCACUUCCACGACCAGCCCGGCGAGGAGGCGCUGCUGCAGAUGCGCUCCAACAUCAUCUACGACUCCACCGCCCGGAUCCGCAGGAACGCCAAGGGCAACUACUGCAAAAAGACCCCGCUCUACAUCGACUUCAAGGAGAUUGGCUGGGAUUCCUGGAUCAUCGCCCCGGCGGGGUACGAAGCCUACGAGUGCCACGGAGUGUGCUCCUACCCCUUGACGGAGCACGUCACGCCCACGAAGCACGCCAUAGUCAAGACUUUGGUUCACCUGAAGAACCCCCAGAAAGCCUCCAAGGCCUGCUGCGUGCCCACCAAACUCGACCCCAUCUCCAUUCUCUACUUGGAUGCAGGGGUGGUCACCUACAAGUUCAAAUACGAGGGCAUGGUGGUCUCGGAGUGUGGCUGCAGAUAGUAGGAGGGAAGGCACAGGGGAGGGCACAGGGGGAGUAUUUAAUGAUUCAGUCUGUAAAUUUGUACAUUUCGGAUUUGCUAUUUAAUGAGGUUAUUUAAUGAGGCAUGUACAGAUAAUUGUGUGCUUCCUGUUCUGGGGAACGGGCAAGUCGUACGAGCGCAGGGAUUGUAUAUUUUGGUCCAUUGCUUCCUUCUUGCUGUUCUUCGCUGUCCAAGUGAUGACCGAGUCCCUCCUCCCAUCAGGGCAUGGAGCAGAUGGUUUGGAUUGUCUGGGAGAGCUCUUCGUGCCAAAGGGGCACAUUGAAAUCCUCAGAAAUAAAGGCAUAUUUUUGUAUUUUGUCAAUGUUCAUUGGCAUCUGCAGGGCUGUUAAAGAUAGGUGAGCCGUGGCCAGUCACAUCUAGAUUGUUCAGUUUUCUGUAAAAUCUUUAUUAAGAUCUUUACAUGCUCAGUUUUUUAAAUUUAAUCUCUGCAGAUCUUAUUCUGUCUCUGAUCAUUCUGAACCACCACAGGCACAACAAGAUGUUAGACUUUUUUCCCUUUUUCUUAUUCCUUUCCCUGUCACAGUUUAAAGUAACUAGCAGGGAUGAUUUGGCAUCUGGAGCUGAAGGGAACCAUUCCCUUUCCCACUUUUCUCAGGAAAACAAAGGGCCCAGGAGCAGUGCCAGGCGUGGGCCAUGGCAAGAAAUUCCCCCUGUGCAGGUUUAGUCCCAAACCACUGUGUGUAAACUCUGGUUUUGCUGUGGUGGCCACGGCUUGUCUCCCAAGGGCCAGAGCUUUGAGUGGCAGAAAGAGGUGCUGAACAUUUCCUGAAUCCCUGAAGUUGCAUCCCCUAAAAUUGCCCUUGAAAUUUAUCCCAGCUAAGAAGGAAUUCAUCCCCCUACGCAGGGCAGUGAAUUCCAGAUGAUACAGCCACGUCAUCCCACUCAAAUGGCCGAGGAGCGUUGCACCAAAUCUGCACAGAGCAGGGCAGAACAGCAAACCCCAGUGGGACAGGGAGGAUCUUCCCUUUCUGGGAGUGCUGGAGCUGUCAAUUCAUAAGGAUGUUGCCCCCCUCCCCAAACCAGAGAGAAGGAGUCACAUGCCAUGUUUCUGCCACUCCCCCUAGACAAAUCCUGGUGAUAAGGAGGUGUCGGAGCUGAGAAACAAUAGACCCGUCACUUUAUUUAUACUAAGCUGCAAAUUUGUCAGAUUCUUGGGAAAGUGUAAGUGAUGUUGACUCUUUUAGCCCGUACCAGAGCCUAGUGUACUGUCCCUGCAUCUGUUUUACACUUUUAAGGGAAAGUUAUCUUCCCUGGAAGUGAUAAGGGUCUUCGAAAGAAUCACUCCAACACUCCAUGGGAAUGAACACAAAAGACUUUAUCAUGCACCAGCUAAACCCAAUUUCACCUAUUUUCACACAUACUCUUCUGUGCUUCCCAUAAUUUAUUGACCUAUUUAUUGACUGCCUGCCUUUGUAAUAUAAUGUAGAAUACAGAAUGUUUUAUUUUUGUGCUGGUGUGUAAUCCCACUUGGAUAAAACCUUGUACUGAUCCUACUUGACGUGAAAUCUCUCUCUGUUGGGCUGUGCUGCACAAGAGGUUGGGGCUGCUGAUUUAUCUCCUCCCCUAGAUAUUGGUAAAUCCCACAGGCCCCAGUUUCCUCCCUGCAGGGAUUUCAGGAGCCUUCUGGAGCACAUUUGGUCUUGUCCAGCGGGUGACUCCUCUUGCAGGGGUAUCACGGCUUUAAGUGCCCAGCUGUGUAGUUUAUUGUAGAGUUAUGCAGUCUCCACUCAUGCUGCCUGUUCCCAGAUAGUUAUAUUGCUUUAUUCCUCACCCCUGAGAGUGACUGACACCGCUCCCAGACCUUUCCCCCGAGCCACUCUGCAAUCUGGGCCUGUGGUUGAUGGCGCGCUGGAGGAAUGCGCGAGAGGUGUGAUGUUUGCUCUGCUGACAUGAACUGCAGCAGCCAGCGGUUGAAGUGUGACCACACAGACCCUUUCAAAACCAUCCACGAUUCUUAUGAAGCCAUUUGCCAAGACAAGCCAUUCACCUUGUUAGGAGUGAUAAUCCAGCAUUAGGGAGAUAAUCCGACAUUUGCUUUUAUCAUCUCUUUUCUGCGACCGAUCCCGUGGCAGUGAUUUGCUUUUGGCACCACUGUCCUUUCCUGACAGCACCAACAUCUCUGAACAGGAGGUUGUACCUUAAAAAUAAUAUGUAACCCACUGUAAUUGCCCAUAAUCACUAUAAAUUUUUUUGAGUAAAAACCCACCUCCCUUUUCCCUUGCCUUUGGACAUACAAAGGCAUUUGUUGGAUGUUGGGGCAGUUGAUGGCAGAGAUCAGAGAAAAUGCCACCAAAAAGAAAUGGGGGGCAGUUAUUUUAUAAAGAGUGGCACGUUGAGGUUGUUUCUGCAAGCUCAGAAGUGCUUGGGCUUUAAAUGCCCCUGUCCAAAUAGACAUGACACUCACAAAUAACAUGGUGAGUGUGUGACAAGAGCCAGGGCUCAGCUGGGAGUGCUGCUAAUGUCAGGACUCCCUGGAAAAAUGUUCCAAGCCCCUGAAAAAAAAAUAUUCCACUGCAUGUUUUCGUUUCCUUUGUUUCCUUACCCCUUCCUUCCAUCCAUCUACAUUAAUACUGUGACUUCUGUUUCUAAAAAACCUCAUUUGUCACAUUAAAUACUGGUGUGCAUUGAUUUUUCCUUUCAUCUCUGGUCUAUUUCGUAUUGACCUCUUAGCAGAUGUUUGAUUUUAAUCUUAAAUUGCAUCUGAAUUUUAGAAAGGUUUGGAAAAAUACUGAAGUAUCUGUCUUACCAUCCAUCCAUCCAUCCAUCCAUCCAUCCAUCCAUCCA